AGACAUAUAUGUAAUCUGCUGCUUCUCUUCUUCUCCGCCAGUGCUCUUCAACCCUUCGCUCCGCCGAAUCCACCGGAAAAUCUUCGAAGCUCCAGCAAGUCAAAAACUUCGCAUUCAACACGUCUAUCCUUGAUUUUGAUUCUCAGCUUCCCCUCUCUAUUCACCCUAAGAAUCAGGAGUUUUGCUCUUCAUUCCAAGGAAGGAAUCAAUGGAGACACAAUCAGAUGGUAAUGAGGAUACCAUAGCUGCCGUUAAAGACAUAAGGCAGCAGCUCGAAGCUCGAAUAGAGACCCAACACAAGGCUCACCUGGAGAUGCUUUCUUCUAUACAGACCAUAAUCCCCAAUCUUGUGUCCUCUCUUGACCUUUCUCUCAAAGUUGUUUCUUCUUUCAAUCAUCGGCCGUUUGCUCCUACCCCUGCUUUGCCUCCACCUGACCCAAAAUUGAAUCCCAAGAAAACUCUUGAAACAACUCGUUUUAAUACUGAAAGCACUGAUGGCUCUAAUGAGGGUUACCUGACAAAUACCAAGAAUCAAAAGCAGAAAACAUCUGUGGAUUCAAAGACAGUUAACCAGGUUGAAUCUGAGAGUGUAAAUCCGUUGGCAGUGGUCCGAUCAAUGGUUGCUGUUUGUUUGCUAGGGCGAGUACCAUUCACACCAAUUGAUUCUUCCACUGUGUUGAGAAAAUUGGAGAAUGAUCAGACGGUUACGCCUGCAGAGAAGGCAGCACUUCAGGAGCUUGGGGGAGAUUCGGGAUCUACGCUUGCAGUGGAGAUAGCUUUGAGGUCAAUGGCAGAAGAUAAUGGUGGUGUUGAGCUGGAGGAGUUCGUGGUAAGUGGCAAGGCAAGAAUUAUGGUUUUAAAUAUAGACCGAACUCGGCUUCUUAGAGAGUUGCCGGAAACUGCACAGUAUCAGCAACUCGAAUCAAGUUCCGGAGAUGGAAAUGCAAAUCAAAAUCAAGGGCAAAUCACUCCAGGUGGCACUAAUGCUAAUGGCAGUUUGCUUGGGAUGGGAAGGCCAGGUCUUAGGCCAAUGUCUGAUAUGUGGAUGCCCCAUGGGGACCCUCACAUGUCUGGUUUACAACCAAUGUUUCCGGGAGGACCCAGGGGAGCACCAAGAGUAAUGGGCAUGAUGGGGGCACAUAGAGGCCUGAGUAUCCCACCAAUGCAUAGACUCCCAUUGGGGCCAAAUGCACCAGGUAAUAGUCCUAAUUCAAUGCCACAGAAACCAAGAACCAUAGAGGAUGAUAUGAAGGAUCUUGAGGCUUUGUUGAAUAAGAAAUCAUUUAGGGAGAUGCAAAAAUCUAAAACUGGUGAGGAGCUUUUGGACCUAAUUCACCGACCAACUGCAAAGGAGACUGCUGUUGCUGCUAAGUUCAAAACAAAAGGUGGUUCUCAAGUGAGGCAAUACUGUGACUUGCUGACAAAAGAGGAUUGUCGUCGUCAAUCUGGUUCCUUUAUAGCAUGUGAAAAGGUUCAUUUUAGACGGAUAAUUGCUCCUCAUACAGACAUCAAUUUAGGGGACUGUUCUUUUCUUGAUACUUGCCGGCACAUGAAGACAUGCAAGUAUGUUCAUUAUGAGUAUGACCCUACACCUGACGUGUCUCCAACAAUGAUGGGUGCACCUCCGCCUCCAAAGCCACUAAAACCUCAGCGAGCUGAAUAUUGUUCUGAGGUGGAACUUGGUGAGCCACAAUGGAUCAACUGUGAUAUACGUAACUUUAGGAUGGACAUAUUAGGUCAAUUUGGAGUAAUCAUGGCAGAUCCACCAUGGGAUAUUCACAUGGAACUGCCUUAUGGAACAAUGGCUGAUGAUGAGAUGCGCAGUCUUAAUGUCCCUGCACUGCAAACCGAUGGACUUAUUUUUCUGUGGGUCACCGGACGUGCGAUGGAGCUUGGACGUGAAUGCUUAGAACUUUGGGGAUAUAAACGUGUUGAGGAGAUAAUUUGGGUGAAAACAAAUCAACUUCAGAGAAUAAUCAGAACUGGCCGCACAGGCCAUUGGCUCAAUCAUAGUAAGGAACAUUGUCUUGUUGGGAUAAAGGGGAACCCUGAAGUGAACCGAAAUAUUGAUACCGAUGUUAUUGUUGCUGAAGUCAGGGAAACAAGCCGCAAGCCAGAUGAGAUGUAUCCGAUGCUGGAGAGGAUAAGUCCAAGAACAAGAAAGCUGGAGUUAUUUGCUCGCAUGCACAAUACUCAUGCAGGGUGGAUGUCACUUGGUAAUCAGUUAAGUGGUGUGAGGUUGGUUGAUGAGGGACUGCGGGCAAGGUUUAAGGCCGCGUAUCCUGAUGUGGAGGUGCAGCCGCCAUCACCUCCCAGACCUUCGGCUAUGGAAGUUGACUCGACUCAUACACAGAGUCCAUUUACAGAACCAAAGUCCACUGCAGCUCCAGACACUUCCUAUGCCUCAGAAGAGAAGGCAAUGGCAAUAGAUGUCGACGUUGCCUGAUAAAUUUCCACUGAGUCACUCAUGAUUAGUAGAGCUUUUUUCUUGAUAAAUCUGAAUGGAACACAUCAAAACAGCAUUUUGACCUUUUGUAGUUGUAAGUGUUGACUUGUGUUCUUCUCACAUUGCUUUUCUCUUUUGAAAAAAAAAAAGGUUAAAGAGUGGCAAGGUUUUUCUUGAGAAGAAACGGCUAAUUUGGUUAAAUAUCUGUAGUGUACUUAUGUAAAUUAGAAAAGCGAGUGGUUAGUGAUGAGGAAAUGUUGUAGAAGUCUCAUUUUAGCUGUGUACUUGAAUGUUCAUGUUCAUUAGUCAUUACAUUAUGUUUAGGCAUCA